UGAAUAUUACAUUUAUAAUUAAUAAUUUAAUGAAACCAGCAUCUUAUUUAAAAAAAGUUGGACCCUACAGUCUCAUAAGGGAGAUUGGUUCAGGUACAAAUUUUUGAGAAUUUAGGGUCAUUUGCCAGAGUAUUUCGAGGGAAGAUGGAUGGAAGACAAGAAGAUGUAGCAAUAAAAAUGAUUUCUAAAUAAAAUGUCAGAAAUGAGAGUAUGUCAAUGAUUGAAAAGGAAAUCGAAAUUUUAAGAUAAUUAGACCAUCCAAACAUUAUUAAAUUGAUAGAUUUCAAGAGGACAUAAAAUCAUUACUAUCUAGUUUUUGAAUAUUGUGAGAAUGGGGAUUUGGAUGCAUACAUAAGGUACACGUUUCUUUGAAUCAAUUAGGAAAUAUUCUCCGAAUGGCAAAUUGCCAGAAGAGGAAGUAAGAAGGAUAGUUCAACAAUUGGCACUAGCAUUACAAUAAAUGUACAAGUUGAGAAUCGUACACAGAGAUUUAAAAUUAGCGAACAUACUAGUAUCGAAGAAUUUUUAAGUAAGUUUUUGGUUUUAAAAUAAUAAAGAUUAAGUUGGCAGAUUUUGGAUUUGCAAAGUAUAUGGAGGAUGACUAAUAUUUAACAUCCUAUUGUGGUACUCCAUUGACUAUGGCUCCAGAGAUUCUGCAAAGAAAGCAAUAUAAUGAAAAAUGUGAUGUAUGGUCAGUUGGGGUUAUCAUUUAUCAAAUGAUUUAUGGCAAAUCUCCUUUUAUCCCACCUAAAGGAGGCAAUAUCAAUGAUUUGAUUGCCAUCAUCAAUAAAGGAGACUUGCAAUUUCCUGAUUCAUCUAUCACACCAAAAUUAAAGGAAUUGUUAUUAUAAAUGCUACAAUAGGAUUUCAAAAGAAGAAUCAGCUUUAGAGAUUUCUUUGAACAUAGUUGGUUACAAGGGGAAGUGAAGGCUGAUUAUAUUUAAAGCAUUAAAUAAGAUAUUUAAGAAAAUGUCAGUGAAAUUACACCUGUUGCACAUCAUAAAGUUAGUGAAGAUAUUUAGGAUGAGGAGAUUUUUAAUGAUAAAGAUGAUAGUACAAAUGAAGUAUUUAAGGAUUUAUAAUUAAAAUAUAUUGGAUAUCAAUUGCAAAAAUAAGCAUUAUCUUAUUUAGAUUUAAUGUUUGAGGAAAUAAAUAAAAUAAAAUCAUUAUGCGAGAAAAUUUAGAAUUAUAAAUUGAAUUUUUAAUUUCUUUAAAAUCGCUUAUUGAGUCUAUCAUUAGCAAUUAGAAUCUAUGAAGCAUUUCUAAUUAAAUAAGUAAAUGAAUUUAUGAAAGAAUAAAUUGUUGUAUUGCACACAUCAUCGAGCAACAGUUCUCUGAUUAGUCUUUAGAUGAAAAGACCGUUUGUUGCGCAUCAAAUCACUAUGCAAAAAGAGAUCAUUGAAAUCAAAAAUUAUUUCAAGGAUAAUCAAAUGAUAAUGAAUUAAUUUGAAUAAUGUGGUUAUUGCAUUGCUGAUAACAUUUUCGAUGAAAUUCUAGAACUGUUGAUGAAUUUAAUUGAACAUUAGCAAUACAUUGAUUAGGAUAUUUUCACUCAAUUGAUUUAAUUGCUUUAUUCAUUUAACUAAUCACAACCUUAAUUACUUCAAGUAGAAUUGUACAUGAAAUUACAAACAGGAAAUGACAUGAACUACUAUUGGCACUUAUUUAAAUUGGUUCGAGUUAAUCAGAAAUAUAUUGCAGAUUCUAUAGAAAAUCAAGUCGUUUGUGAAAAUAAUGACUUUGAUAAGAAACUAUAAUUUGAAUGGAAACUUGUGAAGGAUGAUACAGAGGAAGCCCAAGUAUCCUUUACUAAAGAAGAAAUCGAUAAAUUAUAAGACUUACUAAAAGAAGAAUAUUCCAAAAGGGAUAUGCGCUAAUAAAUAUAAUGAUAAUUAAUAUUAAAUGG